AAUUUUCAAUUGACCAAUCAAGUAAAAGUUUAUGAAAGCCAUGUGAUCUGACGGACCAAUGAGGACUCGGAUACUAUAUUCUGCUCGAGCUUUCCUUUGUUGUCAAAAUGGUGGACGUUCGUCAGUGAGGAGGUCGCUUGUUUCGGUGAAGAACGAGGUCUUUUCAGACCCUGUUGCUCUAGAGGACAACAAUGGCAACCACCCAGGAACGAAUCAAGAGCUUAUUUGCAGACCUGGGAAAGCCCACCCUACGUGGUGUCAAAAAAUGCCCCAAGUGUGGGACACUCAACGGGACACGCGGCUUGAGCUGCAAGAACAAGGAAUGCAACACUGUGUUUCGAGAUAAAGUCCGCAAAGCAGGACACAGUGCAGAUGCAGUGCGUAUCAUCACGGGAUCCACCGUCCAGGUGUUUUCGGUGCGUUUACGUGACCGAGGGCCGGACUAUCGAGGAUUUGUCCAACUACCCAUAACCACUGAUGCGGAUGGCAAUCCCACCCAGACUGUGGAUGGGGCAGCGCUGAUCGCUGCCUCGGGUGCCGGGCGAUGUUUCGUUGAGACUUGUCAGAGAGUUCGCCAUGUAAACGUUGGUGAGGAAACGUGCUCUCACAUCAAGUUGGCCCUGACCUGUGAGGCCGAGGCAACGCCCCUCACCCUGAAAAACUCUGUUCUGAACUCCUUAAACAUUUCCAAUGAAAUCAAACAGGCGAUAUGGCUUCUCGCAACAGAAACAACGGGACCGCUCGUGCAGCGGGUGACAAAGAACAUCAUGGUCGUGAAAUGUAAACCUGAUCCGAGACAGCCUCUGGGUUUCCUGCACUUUUCAUUCAGCGACACAAGCCGAAAUCGAGACGCGGCGGAGCACAAGUUCCACUGUACAUGCCGUAUGUUUAAGACAAUGAAGAUGGGCAAUCAGGGUGUGUCAGAACAGGCCAGAAGAUGUGUUCACUUCUAUGCCUGUAUCUGUGCAUUUGCCAGCGACGACAAGCUGACGGAAGAGUUUGCCUACUACAUUAAUCUUGAUAACCCAGGUGCAGCCCCAGAGAAGGCACUGGCGGCAGUGAUUGAACUGGCAGACGGGUCACCCAAGAUAUCAAAAAAGAGAAAGAAAGAUGACACACUAGCCCAGGCCAGCAGUGCAUUGCUGACGUUACAAGACAGUGGAAACAUUCCCUCCAAGAAAACCCCCAUCAAGAAAACAGCGGCAAGCCCUCCAUCUGCAAAGAGACCUGUUUCUGUUGCAGCUGCCACAGUAGAGGAGACGGAGAUCUCUCUAUCCUUCCAGGAGUGGCUGGGAAGUGUGGUGGAGAGAAUCAACCAGACCAUGCACUACCAGUUUGAUGGUUACCCAGACCCACUCGUAUUCCACGUACCGCAGCCGUUCUUCGACGCGCUGCAGCAGAGGAUCUCUGCCGGGUGCAAGAAGCGGCGCCUGCCCAACUCCACCGUGGCGUUUGUGAGGAAGGACGCCCUGCCCCUGGGUACCUUCUCCAAGUACACCUGGCACAUCACCAAUAUUCUACAUGUAAAGCAGAUCUUUGACACACCAAUGAUGCCUCUGGAGGUGACACGGAGCUUUGUGGAGAAUCGUGACGGGACCUACGAGCCUUACGACGCCCCCAAAGUUGAAGUAGAAACAAUAGCUGAAGCAUACCGUAAGAUAGAAGGCCAACAAGCCAUCAAGCCAUUUGAACUCAAGACUUAUCUGAAAGUCGGAAACACCAGUCCUGACCAGAAAGAACCCACCCCUUUUGUCAUCGAGUGGAUCCCUGACAUCCUGCCGAAAUGCAAGAUCGGUGAGCUGCGUAUAAAGUUUGAGUACGGUCACCAGCGAAAUGGCCACAUGGAAGUACGCAGACCGGUUGUAAUACCAGAAGUAGAGCCCAUGUUAUAAUAUGGUAUCCAUACAUUAUCAGUAGGCCUCUCCUUCAGAUGGGUACAACAUAUAGUUCUGUACAUAUACGAUGUACUUUGGUGAGUUUGGCAGCUAGAACAAUGAUGCAGUAUACUGUUUAAAGUUUAGAAAGGAUAACAUAGUAGACCAUGCAAUGAAAGUGAAGAUAUAGUUGGUUGUCAAUUGUCAUAUAGAAGAAUGAAGCAAUGAAACAGAUGUAGAAAUGAACUUUUUUCAUGUUUGUCAAAGGACAAACACAAUCCCACUGCCAAACAAACUAACGAUGUUCAAUGUUGAUGUUAAAUAGUAUGUCAGUUCAACGGUUGUCUGGUUAGCAAUCCUCGUGCUUGACUGUCAAAUAGACAAGUAUUUAUUUCAGUUGUAGUGAAAGGUUAAGACUGUAAGAAGAAGUAACAAGAAAUAGCCAAGAAAACAAACAUUGGGCUUAUUGCUGGCCAAUUCAUAUGAACAAUGUCAAUGAUCUUGCAGUAUCCAAUUCUUGCAAGAAGCACUGAUAUUUAUUAAUCCAUCACGUAGAUGUAUACAAAGUGACGUUCAGUCAUAGAAGUUUAACUUUUAGAUUCCAGUACAUUGGAAUAAAAGCAGGUCAAUAAUAAUUCACUUUCAGUAUAUUUGUGGUCAAGUGUACAUAUAUAUAUAAAUAUAUAUAUGUAUGUAUGUAGUGAAUUCUCACUACUAGUACUACAGCAUGAAUGUUGAGUAGUACUAAUUUGUUAUUAUGUAUAUACAGAAUGCAAUUUGUAUUCCAACAAGCAGAUGUACUGUAAUUGUUGUAUCUCAAAUGUCCAUACAUACCUCUGUUUCUUUGAGACUGGUUUGUAGCAAGUUUGUAUUUAAGUCCAUGUUUUGUUGUCGUCAUAUUGAUAGCUUUCAAUUCAUACCUAUGGGAAGUUGUACUUUAUAUAAACUCUUGCUCUGUACUGUACUACAAUUGCCAUAAAUCAUUAACAAGCUAAAAUGAGUUUGCUUUGCAGUACAUUUACCUUUACCUAUGAAACUACCGGUAUUUAGACACCGUUGAAUAUAUCAAACGUUUGUCCGAGCAAGCUCCAAUAUUAGUGAUUGCUAUAAGUAGUAUAGGUUUGGACCCCCAGCCUUUUUAAAUACAGGGACCGAUUAUAUUACCU